AUGUAUACGAUUCAUCCCAACAACACGGAAUGUUUUUAUUUGCGAUUGCUAUUGGUGAACGUUCAAGGACCGAGAUCGUUCGAAUAUUUGAAAAUAGUUGAUGGUCAUUUAUGUGAGACGUAUCGCGAGGCAUGUCACCUACUGCAUUUGUUGGAAAACGAUUCACAUUGGGAAUCGACGUUUCAAGAUGCAUGUGUUUCAUCCUUACCACAACAAAUAAGAAUGCUUUUCUCGAUUAUAAUAUCAACAUGCAUGCCAUCGAAUCCACUGGAAUUAUGGAACAAAUAUCAAGAUGACAUGACGGAAGAUAUUUUGAUUCGGAUGCGUCGUUCGUCAAAUAAUCCAGAUUUGAUGAUUACCUUGGAAAUGUACAAUGAAGCAUUAAUAAUCAUUGAAGAUAUGUGUCUCAAAAUUGCGCAUUAA